GGUAAAAGCAGGUGGAUUAGACUGGUCAAGGUGUAAUGUUGAACAAGGGAAUGUGCUUGUUUUUCUCUUGUCAGGAAGCUUGAAAAGAAGAGGCAGUCAAGAUGCCAGAAACUGGCGGUGCAUCGGGUGCUCCCAAGAAGGGCCUGACGCUCGAUGACCUCAUCGCGGCCAUUGACCGGCAUGAAAGGAACCCGAGCAAUAUCCCUAAGGUCGACACGUUCCAUUUUUGUGGAGAAAGAGUCUCAGAAUGGCUGAAGCGGGUGGAACAAGCUUUGGUCGGGCGGUCGGACGUUGUGAAGUUUCAACGCAUCCUUCAAUAUGUCCUCCACAGCUAUCAUCAAGAGGUGAAGAAAGUUAUACGUGCGGCCCAAGGUGGCUGGGAAAGGUUGAAGGAGGGGAUGCAAAGGAAGUACCGCUUGGGAGAUGGAUUGCUGACCACCGCGGACCUGGAGGCGAUGAACAAGGAGGAUUUUACGACGAUAGGGGCCUUUGUGGAGCAACGUAAGGUACGCCUGCAAAGGCAUAAGAGAAAGGAAAUCGAUGCGACCGCUUCUGGGACCCCGGGGGUAACAAGGAUUGCUACAGACGUAUUGGCACAGCUGGGGUAUGCGACAGAGCCAGUGGUGCAAAGGAGGGUAGUGACGGUUGUCCGAGUAAAAGGAAAAGAGCCGGUGGUAGAGGAGGCUGUUCAGGAGGAGCUCUGGGAAGAGGAAGAGCCGGUGCCGCAGCACCUUACGAAGGCCCAGCGCAAAGUGCGUAACUUGGCGCAGGGCGGACAGGGAUCAGGAAAAGCGCAGGCGCCUCAGGCGGUGGCGGCGGCUCCUCCAAGUGUGGCGACGCCCUCGUCUAGUGCGGGCCCCUCGCAAGGAGGGGCACCCUCCUACGGACAGUGGCCCUGGCCGGUGAUCAAUGCAAUCGUGCCAUGGGGAAGCCCGCCGCCAGUAGCCGGACCACAAAUGAGUAUGCCGCCACCUAUCUACCCCGCAGCCCAGGCCCAGCCUGUGGCCCCGCCGCCGUCACCUGCUCCGAGCACACAGGGAAGCGUGGUUGGAGGUGGGAACCAGGGGCAGGGCAAUCAAGGCAACGGAGGGAGGGGUGGAGGAAGGGGGCGAGGUAGGAAUGGCGGCGGAAGAGGAGGGCAAUGGAAUAGUCAAGGCCGAGGAAACCAAGGCCAGGGGAACCAAGGCCAGGGGAAUCACGGCCAAGGGUACCUAGGCCAGGGGUAUCAAGGCCAGGGGGAUCAGGGAAGUCAGGGAUACGGAAGGCCUCGUUUUGAUUGGAGGUUGGCCAUCUACCAACAUUGUGACCAGCAAGGCCACACUAUAAGUUUCUGUAACAUAAGGCGGGAGGACGAGAAAAGCGGGCUGAUUUUCUCCACUAUGGACGGGAACAUUUAUGAUCGAUUUGGGGAGUUCAUCGACAGAAGACUCGGGGGAGUAAGGGCGGAAGCUCAACGGAGGGCGGCAGCCGGGCCGCUACCUCCCGCCACAUUCAGACUAUGGCAGGAGAAGAAAGGACCAUCGGUGGGGAUAGGAGAAUUCAGAUUAUGGCAGGAAAAGGAAGAACCACCGAUUGGGGUAGAGGAAGUGGUGAGCGACGAGGAAGUAACUCAAGGGCCACGAGGUGGAAGCAAGAGGGAAGAGCAUAUAAUCAUCGAGUCGGAUGACGAGGACGAGGAAAGAGGGAUGGAGCCUCCGUCCGUCUUAUUAGGGAAGAUGGAGGACUUGUUGGACAAGGUGGGAAGGUACCAACAGAAGUUGGUAACCCUCUGUGAGGAGGUGAGGAAAUGGAAGUCUAGCAUCCCUAAGGUGUUCCUGUACGACUCCGGCCCGGAGUCAGCGCCUGGGCGACCCGGAGUAAAUGUGGUAGGGUCAAGCCCACAGUGGGGGGUGAUGGGGAGACCCCUCACCCCGCAGGCCAGGCUGGCACAAGCAGCGCUAACGAGGAAUCAAGCCAAGGGCAGUGCCAGCCAAGAGCCUCUGAGGAGGGAGCCCGAACCGGGAAAAAGGAAAGAGGUUGUGGAAGUGGAGGACGACGAUGAUGAAAAAGAAGAAGACGAGAGGCUGCGCCGAGAAGAGGAUCAGAGAGCGGAGCAACGGGCAAGGAAAAAGGGGACCAGGGGAGAGGCCGAGCCGGUCAUACGUGACGGACCACCCAAAAAGAAGAAAUACGUGGUUCGGUUGGAAGAGAAAGUGAUUGACCGGCUGCUGGAAGGGCAUAAUGACCUCAUGACCCUGAAGGAAAUCCUAGCGUCAGCCCCGCGACUCCGCGAUGAAUUGAAAGGGAGGUUGUCGCGGCGCUUGGUGCCCAACGUCCAUCUGGGUACGAUCCUGCCCAAGGAGGCAGAGAGGGCGGAGUCGGGUACGAAAAUGGACUGGAAGUGUGUAGCCUGCGGCACGGUGAAUUUGGUGGUGAAGGGCUCCAAGUGUGCAUCAAUGGUGGACACCGGGGCGGAAAUGAACAUCAUCCGGGAGGCGGAUGCUAUCAGAUUCGGGCUAGACAUAGACCGAUCUAACUGCGGUAUUUUGCACGGCGCCAGAUGCAAGGCCGUGUUUUGUGGGACAGCCUCGAAUGUACUCGUCGAGGUUGGAAAGGUGAAGGCCCGAGCUUGCUUCUUCAUCAUGCCGGACGUGGAUCAUGGGAUCCUCCUAGGGAGGUCAUUUUUGAGUAGAACAGAAACCGUGAUGUUCAACAAGCAUGACGGUACUCUGACCCUCCUCCUAUGUGACCCUGCCUGCGGGAAUUAUGAGAUAAUUACUUGCAGAAAUACAGGACCAAGGAGUAUAAGAAACCGGCCUAACCCAGGAUCCUUCACGAUCGAAGAAUCAGAAGGCGAGCGCCGAAGGCUUCGGGCGGAGCCGGAAGGAGAAGAAGAGGUGAAAGCGUUUUCCCUUAGCCUAUCGGACGUCGGAAAGGCCAUGGAUUUGGUGGCCGCACAUGAGAUGGCGGAUUCGGAUGCCAUCCAGACCUUGAGGGAGCAAGUUCUGGAAUGCCCCGAGGCUGGGAGAUUGGAGCUGGUAUAUCGUCUUCCGGACGGAAGGAGGAACCCCGUGUCCGCGCUGGCGCAGUCUUGGAUGAUGGAGUUGGCGCUGACCAGUUCGCAUAGUCUGGUGGAAGACAUGAGGACGAUCGAGGAAGGACCAGGCCAGGUAGAAUGGCAUGAGGAUCUGAUGGGAGGAAUGUAUCUCCUCGUCAACACGCUAUUGCAGGAAAGCCUCGACCACUCAGACUCGUUGAACCCAGCAGGGAAUGUGGACGAAGUGCCCGAGAGCCAGGACGACGAGUUCGAGGAGGGGGAGAUUAAGGAGGCCUUUCGUGCGGAGGAGUAUGAUGGGAUCUAUCUAGAAUUGGGGCUUCUCUUCUCUUGCGAGAUGCGGCUAAGGGAUGCAAGCGAUAGGGCUCAGAAGAUGCUGCAGCGCUACUUAGUGCGAGAUGGCCACCUCUUCGUAAGAAGAGAAGUGGGGAAUCCCUACGAACCCAGAUAGGUUAUCGCGCGCAUCGAAGAUAUAGUUAUAACCCUGAUCCCCAAGCGGCAUAAAAAGCAGAUCGAGAUGCACUACAGCCCCCACCUC